CCUUGMGCGUCGUGUCCCUGCCAAUUUCCGAUUGCUACGGCAGUGUUGCUUAGUUUUCUGGUUGCGUGGAAACUAAAAGGCUGCAUUGAGCGAGCRCCCAAGUUAAGGUACAUUACUGUGUGCUGUGCGCACCGUUGUCAGUGUGGUUCUUCGCACAAGUUGGCCGAAUUGCAACAGAGGACCUCAUUGAUGCGAUCGAAAAUAUCGGCGAAUUGCAGUUCGGAGUGGAAUGAAUUCUGAUAUAUUUUGACCAUUUGAAACUGUCUUGAAACUAAAGUGAUUAUGUUGUGUGCCACCCGCCAUGCGAAGGAGAGGAAGAAUGCUAAAGACGCUUGACAGCUAUUGGGGAGGUUGACACUGGCUCCGCCCCUUCUCCCAGGUUGGUCUUCUCUGGAACAUGCCCAUAUCGCACCAUGCCCCUUCUGGAGAGUGGCUGGCUACUGCGCCACUCGGUGGUCAUGUGUCUGCUGCUGCACAGCCUGGUGCUGAUGACCUUCUGCUUCCACCACGCCGCCACCAGCUGCUCCCAGGGCUGCUACUGCUCUGAGAGCGACGGCCGUGGCAAGACGGUGCGCUGCAGCAACCUGCGUCUCACGGAGAUCCCCCAGGACCUGCCCAAUGACACGCAACGCAUCUACCUGGACUUCAACCUGCUCACUGUGGUCCCCAGCAACGCCUUCUGGGACCUGCCCAUGCUCAGCGAGCUGGACCUUUCAAACAAUGAGCUGGCCCAGCUGGAGCCAGGGGCCUUCAGGGGCCUGGGGCCCUCGCUCACCUUUCUGGACCUGUCCUCCAACAAGCUGGUCAACUUUAACCCCGAGGCCUUCGAGGGGCUGCGAGCGCGCACCAACCUGACCAACAACCCGUGGCACUGCGACUGCAACCUGCAGCUGGCCAUGCCCCUCAUCGACCUGGAGCCCCUGUCGCUGACGGGCAUCGUGUGCGAGACGUCAGAGCCGCCCGACGUGGGGGCAGAGGGCGUGCCCUUCCUGCUGGCCCAGGACCUGGACCUGUGCGUGGUGAUGAAGAAGACCACGGACGUGGCCAUGCUGGUCACAAUGUUCGGAUGGUUCACCAUGGUCAUCUCCUACCUGGUCUACUACGUCCGGAACAACACAGAGGACGCCCGCCGCCACCUGGAGUACCUCAAGUCUCUGCCCACCAAGCAGGAACAGUCCGAGGCCUCUUCUACCAUCAGCACUGUCGUAUAGCCCAGGGCCAGGAGAACCCCGAGGGGAGCUAAGGCUGGAGGGAUAWGCCUGGAGGGCUAAGACAGGUGGUUAUAGGGCCGUAUGUGGAGGCGAAAGCAACCGCACACCUGUUUAGGCGAGGUGCUGGCUAGCAGAGUAGAACACUUCAAAAAGAAAGGAGAGCCGCACACUCGUAUAGAGCCGUAAACUAGCUAUAGGGCCGUAACCUAGCUGCACCCACAACCCCAGGCCAUUCAGUGCAAGCCAAGGACAGUUCUGCCUGGCUGUUACGUGGGUGCCACAGCGGCUACAGGAUUUGUGCCCAUGUAUGUAGGAAGCCUGUCCAGACCUGGGCACCAUCCAGUACGUAAUCCAGAUGAAUAAUUCAACCAGAAGUGGCCCGUGAAGAGUUUCUGUUGGCUGAGUGGAUAGUCUGUCUGGGAUUUAAAAUGGAUUAAAUGGGAUUCAUCCAGUGGUGCAUGCACCUUGAUGCACUCUUAUCAAAAGGGGGCCACUCAAGGGGCCUGUGAUGGGUCCUUUGGACACGUCAAACAGCAAUAACAACAGUAUAGCAACAAGCAGCAACACAAACUCUAUUAACAACUCUGUCACUCAUAUCCUUCCAUGUAGUAUUAUUGUUUUACGUACAACAUCCAUGCAGUAUACAGAGUCUCUACACAGGGAAAUGUGGUUAUUUUCAAUUAAAUCAUGUAUUUUAUGGGUUUCAUUUUUUUAAAUUAUUGUUGGUUCUAAAUUUGAUUGGUCUAUUUCUACCUCAAGAAAUUCAGCAAAUGUAUGUGCAUGUGUGAACUAGACCAUCAAUUGAAUCUGCCUAUACUGUAUUCAGGCCAAUGUACUAGAAUCUGCCUAUACUGUAUUCAGGCCACUGUACUAGAAUCUGCCUAUACUGUAUUCAGGCCACUGUACUAGAAUAUGAUGCACAUUAAUAAUGAAUCAAUGAAACACUCA